AUGCGUCUAGUGUUGUUUCUCUUUCUCAUAGUGGGAUGUUGGUGUGAUGUAAAAGUAUUAAUAGAUCAAAACGGAGGAUACAAUAUAACUGUUGAUAAUCAAAUAUGGCUUCGGUCAGCACGUACAGCUAUAUACGUGGAUAAUCAAUGGUAUUCAACCGAAGAUAAUUCUCUUCCUUUGACCAAUAUAAGUACUGCGCAGGGUGAUGAUCCAAAUUUAGGUAGUUGGAAUGAAACAAUAUUGACAUAUAAUCUUACUCGAAAUCAAUCAUCAACACCUGUUGUUGCUCGUAUACGUCAAUGGAAUAUUGUUUCAGCUUUUACUUUUCAUUUGGAGACAGGUGAUAGAGCCUUAACAGAUAGACUUCCACUUGAUAUGGAACAAGUUCGGACUGUAUUUCCAUCAUUUUAUAUUGAAAAAAUGAGCAUGGAUGAUCAAAGAGGAUAUUUUACUUUUUCUGGAGCCAUGACAGGUGAAGGUGAUAAACAUGCAGGUCUUUGGAAUGCAUCAAGUAAAGUUAUUACAUCAGGUAUGCAAGGUGGUCCAGUAGUUCUUUUUAACUUAACUCAACAAGGAGAAGAAGAUCUACUAGUUCUAUCGCCAUUUUCUCAUUUUAUGGCUACUUCAUUGAACCAAAGAAAUAAAAUGCUCACUAGUGCACUAGAAUAUGGUGUCCUAGGUUCAAUGUCAUCAGUACCCGCUAAUUAUACGCAUACAAUGAUUGUUUUUUAUUCACAAAGUGGAAUCAAUGAAGGUAUACAUGAAUGGGGUCAAACAAUGCAACAAGCAUUUAAUAGAACAGAUGUAAAUCGUGUUAAUGAUCUUACAAUAAAUUAUCUUGGUUAUUAUACUGAUAAUGGAGGUUAUUAUUAUUAUAAUACAGAACCAGACAUGAACUAUGAAGAAACAAUAGUUGAUGUAACACAUAAAAUUAAACUUCCAUUUCAUUAUAUUCAACUUGAUUCAUGGUGGUAUUUUAAAGGUAUUGGAAAUGGUGUUACUGAAUGGACCUCUCGUUCAGAUAUAUUUCCUGAUGGUCUAAUAGCACUGCAUCGUCGAUUAGAAAAUAUUCCAUUGGCCGCACACAAUCGAUUUUGGGCGUACGAUACAGUUUAUAAACAAAAGUAUGCUUUUGUACUUGAUGCUGCUAAUGGAAAAGCACUGCCUUUUGGUAAUGAUUCAUUUUGGAUUGAUUUAUUUACUGGUGCAAGUAAUUGGGGUCUAGUUUUAUAUGAACAAGAUUGGCUUAAUGUUCAAACAAUUGAUUUUCUUCCAACACGUACUGAUAUUAAUCUUGGAGAACAAUGGCUAAUGUCUAUGGGUGCAGCAGCUGAACAAUUCGGAAUAAAUAUUCAAUAUUGUAUGAGUUUACCUCGACAUAUAUUGCAAGCUCUUCAAAUUCCGCGCGUUACACAUGCAAGAGCAUCAGAUGAUUAUGCUACUCAUUUAGAAAAUCAGAAAAAAUCGCAAUGGAAUAUUGGAAUAUCAAGUAUGCUUGCUGACGCUGUUGGUUUAGCACCAUUUAAAGAUGUUCUUUGGUCUACAUCCGUACAACCUGGUUCUCCUUAUGGGUCAUCGUCCAAGGAAAUACUUCCCGAUCGUGAAAUACUUAUUGCCACUCUUUCAACUGGGCCUGUUGGUCCAGGUGAUGGAAUAGAUUAUGUAAAUAUAGAAAGCAUUAUGAAAUGUUGCCGUCAAGAUGGUUUAAUUUUAAAACCUGAUCGACCAAUUACAACAAUUAAUACAUUAAUUGCUGAUUGGGCUUCUAAUAAUGGCGUUGUACAAGGAGAACUCUAUUCAACACAAACAAUGAUAAUUGAUCGAACAUUUCAUAUUAUUUUUGCAUCAGCUAUGAAACGUGACUAUACAAUAUAUCCUUCUAUGAUUGGUAGUGAAGGAGGAAUAAUCUGGUCAUAUGAUAAUGCACAAACGACAUCAACAUUUGAUGAUACUCACCCUCUUGAUGUUUUAGCUAAUAAAUGUGAUGAUUUAUCUAUAUGUCUUUGGUAUGUAUCACCGUUAUGGCAGUUUAAUGGUCCUAUGCGAACGAAAUACGCUCUUCUUGGUGAAUGGGGUAAAUGGACAGCUGUUAGUCAACAACGAUUUACAUCUAUAACAACAAAUAAAGAAAAAACUCAAGCGACUAUUACUGUGCAAGGUGUAGCGUCUGAAAUCGUACCAGUUGUUAUUUUUCAUUCUGUACUUCAUUCUGUUACUGUUAACUGUUCAAUAUCCACUCUAAAUGGUCAAGCAAAUGUCGUAAUUACUCCAACAAAUGUCGUUUGUUCGUAA